AUGCCUCUGAUCGAUGGCGAGAAAUUCGCAUGCUCUUCCUGCAUCAAGGGCCACCGCGUGAGCGGCUGCAACCACACUGAUCGAGAACUGCAUCACAUCAACCCCAAGGGUCGUCCUGUCAAGCAAUGCGAGCACUGUCGCGGCGCGCGCAAGUCCAAGUCCCACCACGCCAAGUGCGAUUGUGGCGACAAGAAGGACAAGCACAAAGACAAGGGCGACGCGAAGGGUAUGCUGCGAGCCGGUUCCGAUUCCGACGAGGCCUCUAAUGAUGACACAGCCCAUGACAACCGCUGCAACUGCCACUCGGGCGCCAAAUGCAUCUGCGGCAUCAAGAAAGAGCCCAUCGACCUCCGCCUCGACCUCCGCCUCGACACCAGCAGGCAAACUCUCCACGACGCGCGUGCGAAGCCAAAGCUCACCUCAACCCACUCGGAAAGCACCCUGACCGUCUUCGCGAAUGGCCACCACAAGCCGUGCCACCGCAACAACAACACCGCCCACGUCUCAGGCAUGCCCUACAAGAUUCCGCGACCGCAUACGCUCCACGGCCAUGCUGAUUUUGCCGCUCUCGGACAGGGCAACGGCUACGGGCAGGGAGGCGCCGCAGCUGCACGCUCUAUGGACACGCUCUCCCUGUCGAAUACCGACUUCUACGCCAUGUUUGGUUCCGGUACAAACGCUGCAGAGAACGGUUUGCCCCCGACGCCGGUCACGGGAAGCUUGGACGUCAACGGCACCCAGGACUCGCUGUUCACCAGCCAGAACUCGGCGUUUGGUCAGGGUGGUCAUUCGCCUACCGAGAGCCAGCUGAGCGAGUCCAUGGCUGCAUCGCAGUGGCCCUGGGCAAGCAGUCUCACGUCUACAAACCGCAACUUCGGCCUCGGAAGUCUCUCAACGUCGCCGUCGCAAGACUGUCUCCCUAACCUCGACACCGAGUGGGCAAUUCCAUCCGCUGGAUUGACCAAUCCGACCUGGUCUGCCACCGAUCUCCCGCUUAAUCCCAGCAAGCUAGCCGACAGCUUCGUACAGCCUAUUUCGCAGAGCGGCGAGUCUAAACAGAGUGCUCCUGGUCUGACGGCAUCCUCCUCAUCGCCGUCCGAGAUGGGUGAUCCGGCAUUGUUUGGUGAUGUCGACUUCAGAGCCCCGCAGUCCACAACCAGCGAGUCCCUGUUCUGGGAAGACAGUCCUGUGUACCGUCUGGCAACAUCGGCGGCUAUUGAGAAUCGCACGCCUACAUCGGCCCCGCAAAGCUCUACUCCAGAUUCCCAGGCGCUCGAGCUUGACUUUUCGAAGGCUAUGAGCGCAACGUCAAUUUCAGCGGCCAGCAGCGGUCUGACCAACUAUAGCGAGACGCAGGCCAUUGCCAUGCCAAAUAACAUCGACGAUGUCGCCUCGAACGACCCCUGGUUGUACGAGAACAACACCGCCGCAUUCGCCGGCUUCGCUCCGUACGACUUCUCCUUCCUGCAGUAG